UAUUAAAAGGCGUGGAUUCAAAUAUUCUUGAAGUGGGGAUGUUGGUUCUGGUCGUUGAUGAGGGGUUGUUGCUUAUUGCAGUGGAGAGAAGCUUCGGCCUAGAAAAAGAAAAUGAAUUUAAGAGAAAACGAUUCUUGUUCAUUGGUGAGAGGGAUCUUGCCCAUAUAGUUGAAGACAAGUGGUGUAGUAUUGUAAUAGUAAAUAUAUCGAGUUAUGUCUAGAUAAGACUGAGAGGGACUAACUAAUGUAUUUACUAGUAUGGAUUCUCUUGGCUGUAAUUGAAUUUAUGAGUAGUAUAGUUUUGAGCUUGUAAUUGAUGAUUUAUUACUUGUUAAUAAUGGAAAAUGACAUGGUUAUGGAUGUAUCAUUAUAUUGAGAGGGUGAAUCAGGUAAGUAUUUUGUAUGUUUAUUUUAUUUCUUAGUAAUUUAUAUAUUUUUGCGGUGCGCAACAGAUAUGCUUCUGGUUGGCCUCUAGAAGUUUUUGCAUGAGGUUGGUCUAACAUUCAACAAUGGAGCGGGUUCGUUGAUAAGGACGCUGUUUUGAAACAAGUCCUGGAAUAUUGAAGAUAGCUCAGGAGUUCAUUUAUUUCUUUAGUUGAUCAUAUGGGUAGGCAUGAAAUCACUGAGGAGAUCAAAGAAACAUUACCAUCAGAUCAGCCUGCAAUCACUACAACAACAACUCAGCCUCAAGCUUCAUCAAGCAAUCAUUCUGAGACGCCCCAAGAUUCUUCCACUAGCUUAUUAGAUGUAGAUCUAGUGAUUGGACGUCCCUGGACUUCUGGAUUGUUUGAUUGUCGUCAAGAUCAAACAAAUUCCAUUGCUACAGCAUUUGUUCCUUGUGCAACGUUCGGACAAAUAUCAGAAGUGUUGGACGAAGGAAAGUCUACUUGUAGGGGUAGGAGUUCCUGUUACUUCUUUUUGAUGCUUGCUUCAUACUCUCAAUGGAUUUUGAGCACUGAGUACAGAACUAAGCUGAGAAAGAAGUUUAAUUUGGAAGAAGCUCCCUACACAGAUGUGGUAUCUCAUAUAUUUUGUCCAUGUUGUUCCCUUUGCCAGGAGUUCAGAGAGCUUAAAAACAGAGGACUUGACCCUGCUUUAGGUACUAUCCUUCUCACUUCUCAGUACGUAUCAGUCAUGUUGGUCUCUAAUGUAUUCAACCGUAUCCAAAAGAAUGGCCAGGGAUUUUGUCUAAUUGCAGGGAACAAUGAGCUCUGAUUGCUACCAUUAUCAUUCUGUAAAGACUACAAGUUCAAACCCUAUCCUAUUCCCUUCUGAAGUUUUUAAUGUAGAAGAGAUAAAAAGAAAAAUACGGAAAAUUCAAGAAAAAGGGAAUUUUUGUUUCUUCUUUGUAGUUUGAAUCAGCACUGCAUUACAGCACUCAAUUUUGAAAAAUUUACUGUGUUAAUUUUGUGAAUGUUGAAUGUAGGUUGGAAAGGAAUCCUGGCUCAGCAACAGGGAAGACAGGCUGAUGAUGAACAACUAAAUGUUCCCCCUCCAAAUCAAGCCAUGUCUAAGUAAAUUCAUGUUUUUCAAGUAAUUAAAAAGAGCAGAGCUGCUGAUUUUUCAGUGUUUUCUUGGUACAAGCCACACUUAAUUUUGUCAUUUACAGUAGGAACUGCUGAAGUGAUUCAUUCUAUUCUUCUGAUUGGAAAUAUGCAUCUAUAGUUUCAGGAAGUUUAUGUGAAAUCUCUUGUUAUCAACUCCAUUACCCUCAUUACAGUGUAUUACUCUACGGAUAAGUUUUAUUUUAAUGGUCAGAAAAAGGUUUUAAUUUGUGCAGUCA